AUGACUCUCAAUUGCUUAACCUGCCAAGUUCUAAAAAGAACAGAUUCACAUGAGGAACUAAGGGAAAAAUUCAAAAAUGUUGAUGGAAAGUCGAAUUUUCGCCUUUUUUCAGGCGGAAUCGAGAGGAACUGGUCAGGGAACUUGGUACAAAAGCCGAGAUUUGAAAAAACGAGGGCUCGAACACUAAUGGGACAUGAAACUAACGCGAAAAAAGGUUCUCGGAGGGUUCAUAAUAGUGGUCCGAUAGAGUUCAUGACUGAUUCGCCAAGAUUGGCGAGGAGCCCCGGGAUGAGAAGGGAUUGGAGUUUUGAGGAUUUGAGGCAGGUGAUUAAGCGUUGA